UCCUGACUUUCACUGGUUGAGCUUUCGGCUAGCCAUGCUGGCAGGCCUUUGCUUCAUUGGCCUGGCCGCUUCCGCGCUGGCAGAGCUCCGAAGCGAGUGCCAACGCUUGGUGGAGCGCAUCGCGGGACAGGACUGGCGGUGUCGGCGCUGUGCCGGGCACGGCUGGGGCCCGGGAGCUGCGAUCAGCUGCUGAGCUCCCUGGGCAAGGAGCCCUGGCGCCAGGAGGUGCAGCAGAGCGUCUGCGAAGCCAACAGCGAGUUGUUGAGAAACCGCGGCCUGCUGGACCUCGACGAGGCAACUUCCACCAAGAUGCCUCUGGCCGGUUUGCCUCCCAUGCCAAUAGGUCACAGCAAGGAACAGGAAGAACAGUGGAAGCUGCAGCAAGAAAAGGCCGCGCAAGAGGCGAGGUAUAGGCAGCACCAGAUGGAGCAGCAGCAGGAGGCGAUGCAGAAGAAAGCAGAGUACCUGGAGCAGCAGAGGCAGCAGCAGCUGCAUCAGUGGCAAGGGCAGCAGCAAGAAGAGCAGCAGCAGAUUCAGAAGCAGACAGACAAGACCAACACGGAGGUGAAAAAAGCCCUGAAUCCGUUCCUUCAGGGCCUGAAGAAUGCUUUCAGCAAGGAGGCCAAGGAGGCGGACACCCAGGCGCAGCAUGCUGCUGAAAGUGUGGCUGCCUCCACCAACGAUGUUAUAUCUUCGCUCACGGAUUCAGCCACCAACGCGGCCAACGACGCCGUGUCUUCGCUCACGGACUCAGCCUCCCACGCGGCCAACGACGCCAUGUCUUCGCUUCAGGACUCAGCCUCCCAUGCGGCCAACGACGCCAUGUCUUCGCUUCAGGACUCUGCCAACCAUGCUUCCAACGAUGUUGCGUCCUCCUUUGAUGAGGCAGCCAACAACAUAGCCAACGAAGCCGCAUCUUCCCUCAGCGAAUCUGCUGCGCAUGCUGCUGAUCAGGUUCACUCCUCCAUGGAAGACGCAGCCUCCAGAGCCCGAGAGGCGGCCUCCUCCGUGAGUGGCUCGGCCAACGGCUUUGACGUGAGCAAGUUCGUGGAUUCCGCGGCCCAGGCGAUUCGCUCGGCCACCAGCGCGCCCAGCGCUGCGACCGCGCCUAGCCCCAGCCCAAGCGCGCCUAGCCCAAGCCCAAGCGAAGAUGAAGGAGGCAUGGAAGGGUUCCUGGACUCAGGCGCAGGCGACUCUGCUUGGAGCCAAAUCAUGGGGAGCUCGGAGAAGUUCGAUGCCAGCCAUGGGGUCAAGGCCGCACGCAGCAACCCGCUGGCGAAGGCCUUCGCGGGGGUGGCGCUGGUGUCGCUGCUCUCCUCGCUGGCGCUGCGCUGGCGCCUCGUGGAGCCGGAGGUGGAGGACUACUCCAUGAUCGAGUCGUUGCAGAUGCCGACCAGAAGCUCUCGUGAGGUUCGCUUUGCGUAGUGUCCCGCACACCAGAGUUGAGAGCAUUGGUCAAAGAAAAGAUCAAGGAGUCGUGAUGGG